GAAGAAAAGGGGGUCAAAGUUGAAGGGAAAGAAAAACAUGGUUGAACACGGGGAUAUCCGCGUGGUUCACCGAGGUGGUAGUAAAAUAAACUUCAGGGAGCCUGUCAUAACCAAUGAUUCGAGGUUCCUGCUGUGCGCCUCAGGAGAGUGUGUGAAGGUGUUCAGCACCUCCACAGAGGAGUGCAUCCACAAUCUGCGGGGACACACCGACCUGGUGACAGGCGUGCUGCUCAAACCCUCCAACCACUUGCAGGUCUACUCUUGCUCAGCAGAUGGCACUGUCAGACUUUGGGACUUCACAGACGGCAUUCUUAUUAAGACGUACGUCAUUGGAUACCCAGUUUACUCCAUCCACGCAUCCGCAAACCAUGAAGGAGUCAUCUUUAUUGUUACUCCCACGCUAAGUGACAAAAGAUCUGAGUUGUUCCAGCUGGUUGCGGUACAUUUACCACAGAGCGGCGAUCAACUGGUGGAAGCCAGAGAGCUUUCUGCUGUGCUCAGCAACGUCAGCUCCAACUCAGCGGCCAUCGUCUUCGGCAGAGGGGGGGAAUAUAUUGCUUCAGCUAAAGGUUUACAGCUGGAGGUCUACUUCUUCAAGAAGCAGAAGUCAUACAGGUUUUCCCUCAAAGAAGACAACAAGAAGGGAGGAAAGAACACAUUCACGUGCGUUGCCUGUCACCCAAAAGAUGACUGCAUUGCCACCGGCCAUGAAGAUGGCAAGAUUCGCUUGUGGAGAAACUUCAACCACAAGAAGGAGUACACAUACUCCACCCUGCACUGGCACCACAGUGCUGUCAGCUCACUGUGCUUCACCCCAGAAGGCACCAACCUGCUGAGUGGAGGCUUGGAGUCGGUGCUCGUCCAGUGGCGAUACAACCAAGAGAACCAGCGGGACUUCCUGCCCCGCCUGGGUGCUGCCAUCACACACAUCGCUGUCUCGCCUGAUGGAGCGCUUUUCUGUACAUCACACAGUGACAACAGUAAGGAGCUGUGACCCGUAUUAUGCACU